AUGUUUCGCUUCUUAAAGGGGAAAGUUGGACCAUCAUGUUAUUGUUCACCCAAAUUUCAGAACUCAUUCAUGAAGGUAGUAUUUUCUUCAACUCCUAUGAAUGGAAAUAAUCAAAAGUGUGAUAAGAACGAAAUUAUAGAACUAACUCAGGAUGCUAUAAAUAAAAUGAAACAAGUGAAUUUGAAAUAUAAAAAUUCCAAGGCUUUAAAAGUAUCUGUAGAAGCUGGUGGAUGUUCUGGUUUUCAGUACUCUUUUUCAUUAAUGGAUAAAAAUAAUAUAAAAGAAAAAGAUUUAAUUGUAUAUGAUAAAGAAUGUAUUGUAAUAAUUGACAAGCAGGCUGCUGAAAUUUUGAGGAACUCCAGAAUACAUUACACAAAUAAUCUCAUUUCAAAGAAAUUCAUCAUUGAAAAUAUUCAAAACAUUUCUUCAAAGUGUUCUUGUGGAAAUUCAUUUGACGUAAACUUUUUCUAA